AUGGUCCGGGAUGUGGCGCGCGAGCAGCGUCCGGGCCAAGAGCACCAAGUCCCGGCGCUACUGCAAAAGGUAGGCAAGACGUCCAGGAACUCCAAGACUCCAGGAGGCCGAAAGAAAAUGAGGGAUGACGAGGCCACCACGGGUCCGUCGGCCUCUCCAAUUUGUCGUAUUUCUCAUGAUUUCGUACGAGAAGUGGAUUUGUUAGGUGGGCGUGUCCGCUUCUUCUCUACCGAAAAGAAGGAUACUACUCCGUAUGUGAGUAUGGAGUAUGAGACUUCAAAGUGUCACUGUAUCAGGACUCCCAAAACCCGCCUGACAGCACCGCUCUUGGUGCAGAUCAUGUGUAAGGACCCAGGUCAUAGAUUGAAGAUGGGUGCGACCGUUCGUUCUUCAAAGCUCGCCCAUCUACCUGGCACAUCUGGCGCGCAAGAAUCCCCCCUGACUCGCCCGCACUCUUUUUUCGUUUCCUCCCGAACGGGGAAUGCCAGCCAUUUGCUUCGAGGACGAAUCAUGAACUGGAGAUCCCCCGAAAAGAAGCAUCUCUGCGACGGCGUUCCCCACUUCCCCCUUGGACCUGACGUGGGUUGUCUAAAUCCGGAUUACUGGCACCGGCCGGCUGGGGUGGGUCCCGGCGCCGACCGCGCCGCUCCCGUCCGGCUCACCUCAUCUUGUCGCCACCACGAACCAAUCACGAGCGUCCGCGGCCACCGCAUCCUUCCAGUCAGCUCAUUGACAGUAGGUCUCUCCAUUGGGCCUGAAAGUAUCCGUAAGGCAGUCAGCAUUCGUGCCACGCGUAGGGCUACCUCUCGCCCGACGCCGUACAUGGAUACCCAAGAUAUGGACCACGAAAUCGUACACAUCAAGCCUGAUUCUGCAUUUUAG